UGUCUGUGGAACACAAACUUCCUCCAUGUAGAUCACAAUGCAAUUCCUGUGGUCAGCUGGUUGAGUAGGAGCCAAUUUUAGAGCAAGACUGCGCUCCCAUUAGGUAGUAACUCCAGGAUGUUCCUAGUUGCUGUUUAAUCAUUUCAUUUGGAAGGUAAAACUAACAUUGUACAGUACACAUGUACAAUGUUAACAUGAUGUCACUUCCUGUUUCCGUGCUUCCUGUCAGCCGGCAUGGAUUGUAUUAAGUUUAUACUGUUUGUAUGUUCCCUAUUAUGUCUACUGAAGUAAGGCAUUCUCACUUCCAUUCCCAAAGAACAUAUUACAAGGACUCUUAUUAUAAACCUAUACAUACAGUAAUUAGACUUUGGAGCUCUAGUACAUUCGGAGGACUGGUGGUGGAGCACUGAGAACCUAUCGGUGGAAAAUUAUCUCCAAUAUGGACAUUUGAUCCAGGACGGUGAUUCUGGAGUCCAACAUUUCAAGUGUUCUUUGAAACACAAUGCUGCUUUCCAUCAGUGAUCCACCAAGGAUGGUCGAGGGCAGAAACCUCAUGGCUGCAAGGAUAUUAGACCUCACCCUGGAGAUCAUCUACUUGCUAACAGGAGAGGAUUACACAGUAGUGAAAAAGUCGUCUGGUGAGUGUGUGACACCCCAUGUGUCAGGAGAAUGGAGCAGGACCCCAGGAGCCAUCACAAAGACUCCACCUCAUUCACUGAUACAUGAGCAGAAGAUCCUAGAACUUACCAACAGGAUCACUGAGCUGCUGACCGGAGAGGUUCCUAUAAGGUGUCAGGAUGUCACUGUCUAUUUCUCCAUGGAGGAGUGGGAGUAUUUAGAAGGACACAAGGAUCUGUACAAGCAUGUCCUGAUUAAGGAUCACCAGCCCCUCACAUCACCAGAUGAGUCCAGUAAGAGAAAUCCACCAGAGAGAUGUCCUAGUCCUCUAUAUUCACAGGACUGUCCUGAGGAAAAGCAAAAUGUUCCACUGGAUCAUCAGAAAAGUUAUGGUGGAACAACGAGUGGACCUGAAAACCCUGUGUCCAAGUCAGUGAAUGAUGAAGACCGUAUAAGGGGCUCGGACUCGCAUCUGUUAUCUCCUGCUUUUACUGUAGAAGAUAAUCAAUUACAGAUUGACAAAAGUAGAAUUGUACAUAGACAGGGUAAAAUAUUUGCAUGUUCUGAAUGUGGGGAGCAAUUUAGAAAGAAACAUGAUCUUUCCAAGCAUGAGAGAAUUCACAAAAAUGAAAAGUCAUUUUCAUGUUCAGAAUGUGGAAAAAAUUUUAGUCGGAAAUCAGUUCUUGUGAGACAUCAGAGUAGUCAUACAGGAGAGAGGCCAUUUUCAUGUUCAGAAUGUGGGAAAUGUUUUCUUCAGAAAUCACAUCUUGAUGGACAUCAAAGAAGUCAUGCUGGAGAGAGGCCAUUUUCAUGUUCAGAAUGUGGGAAAUGUUUUGGUCGGAAGUCGCAUCUUGAGACACAUCAGAGAAGUCACUCAGGAGAAAAGCCGUUUUCAUGUCCAGAAUGUGGGAAAUAUUUUAACCAGAAACCAGGACUUGUGAGACAUCAAAGAAUUCACACAGGAGAGAAGCCAUACUCCUGUUCAGAAUGCGGGAAAACUUUUAACCAGAAGUCAGAACUUGUGAAACAUAGAAGAACGCAUACAGGAGAGAAACCAUACUCCUGUUUAGAAUGUGGGAAAUGUUUUAGAAAUAAAACAAAUCUUGUUCUUCAUCUGAGAUCUCACACAGGAGAGAAGCCAUACUCGUGUUCAGAAUGUGGGAACUGUUUUAUUAAUAAAACAAAUCUUGAUCUUCAUCUGAGAUCUCAUACAGGAAAUAAGCCAUUUACCUGUUCAGAAUGUGGGAAAUGUUUUAACCAUAAAUCUUCACUAAUGGUACAUCUAAGAAUUCACACAGGAGAGAAGCCAUAUUCAUGUGCAGUAUGUGGGAACCAUUUUCGCCAGAGAUCACAACUUGUGGAACAUCAGAAAACUCACACAGGAGAGAAGCCAUAUUCAUGUUCAGAAUGUGGAAAGUGUUUUGGUCACAAAUCAACUCUUGUGAAACAUUUAAGAAUUCACACAGGGAAGAAGCCAUUUUCAUGUGCAGUAUGUGGGAAAUGUUUUAGUCAGAAAGCACAUCUUAAGAGACAUCAGAAAAGUCACACAAGAGAGAAGCCAUUUUUUAAAGUUCAGAAUGUGGGGAGUGUUUUAGUCACAAAUCGGCUCUUGUGAGACAUCAAAAAAUUCACACAGGGAAGAAGCCAUUAUCAUGUGCAGUCUAUGGGCAGUGUUUUGGCCAGAAAAUUGUUUCUUGCAUCACAUCAAAUAACUCACUCUGAGGAGAAUGUAUAACUUAAAGGUGUUGUCCAGCAUUAGAAGAUCAAAGCUGCCUUCUUCUAAAAACAAUGCCACGUCUGUCCAACAGGUUGUAUGUCAUUUAGCAAUUCUACUGUAUUUAAUUUGAUAAAGCCAAGUUGAUGUACCAGCCACCACUCAUAGACAGGUGGGGCACUAUUUUCUAAAUAAACCAUUCAGAU